AUGGCCCACACCUGGGUGACUCCCGAAUAUGUCGACUUGGUGACAGCGGCCAGAGCUCUCCGCACUCGCGAGCCAACCCUUGAACGUGCAAAAUUCCUGAAACGUCUGAGAUGCGAGCACCAGUGGAUUAUUUCCGAUGAUAUCCUCAUCAAGCUGAUCAGAGAGGAUCCCCUCGUAGCGAGGGUAGAAGUGGCCCUGCCGAAAGGAGGAUCUGAACAACGGCCGGCAGAUAAUGAGUCAACGGAGGAGGAUCCGGGGUUCGAGAGGGAUUGCGAUUACGCUAGCCUGGUCGAGAGGGCGUUUCACGAAUACACACGGCGAGAACGUGAGUACUGCCUUGCUCUGUCGGACCAGGAGUGUCGUUUGAUACUGGAGCUGGACAACUCUGUUCCCAAUCCUGGAGACUGGAACCUGAAAAUUGCCCGGAGUGAGAUGUGCAGAUUUUAUAUCCAACUUCUCAUGGUCCUGAAAGGGAUCAAGCCGUGUAUUGUGUUCUAUCACCGAGCUGCCCCUGAUGUUUUGGGUCGUCUCAUCAAGCAUGUCCUGCGACCAGUUCUCGAGAAGUAUGGUCUGCUGUCGUACGGAUUUACUCUACAGCAGAUUACGAACCGUCAACAUGCCAGCUACCCCCAGGGCUAUCUAGUCGAUUGGGAAGGUGGAUGGAUGUUCGCAGACACGCGUUCCAGUCUCUGGCCGGGCUAUAUACUAGAGACGUUCCUACCACGAGUGCUACAGACCCAGGGUAAUCUACUUGAAAGCGGGGAUAGACUUUGCAAGGUAUUCGGGUACCCGGUCCCCAGAUAUCCAAGGGAGGAACCUUUUCGACAGGUCAGAUAUUAUGACGAGACGGAGCAAUUCGAGCUGUUGAAAUUGACGGACAAGGUUUCGUCAGACGAAUCCGUCUCGGGCUUCGGAUACUUUGAUGAUGACGGUGAUAUCACGACUUGGAGGAAUUGCGUCGUCCACUACUUGAAAUGCCUGGAUGAGAUGGAGAGGAUGGGCCGAUUUCUAGUGCUAGAUGCUUACGGACAUCCCGAAUUGAUGAAGUAUUAUUUGGAUGUCUCUCGAGGGCCAAAGGAUGACGAGGAGCUGGAAAAGGAGAGGACGAUUUGCCAGGAUGCGGCUGGUGGUCGUAUAAGGUGUGUGGAUGAUACAGAAGGAGGAAGUGUUUCGUGA